AUGGGCAUCUGUGAGUUAUUAAAAGUGUGUUAUUGUGAGGUAAAAGUAUUAACCAACGGCUUGCGCAAUAACGGUGCAACUAACGGCUUGUGCAAUAACGGUGCAACUAACGGCUUGUGCAAUAACGGUGCAACUAACGGCUUGCGCAAUAACGGUGCAACUAACGGCUUGCGCAAUAACGGUGCAACUAACGGCUUGUGCAAUAACGGUACAACUAACGGCUUGUGCAAUAACGGUGCAACUAACGGCUUGUGCAAUAACGGUGCAACUAACGGCUUGCGCAAUAACGGUGCAACUAACGGCUUGCGCAAUAACGGUGCAACUAACGGCCUGCGCAAAAACGGUGCAACUAACGACCUGCACAAUAACGGUGCAACUAACGACCUGCACAAUAACGGUACAACUAACGGCCUGCGCAAUAACGGUGCAGCUAACGACCUGCACAAUAACGGUACAACUAACGGCCUGCGCAAUAACGGUGCAGCUAACGACCUGCACAAUAACGGUACAACUAACGGCCUGCGCAAUAACGGUGCAACUAACGGCCUGCACAAUAACGGUGCAACUAACGACCUGCACAAUAACGGUGCAAGUAACGACCUGCACAAUAACGGUGCAACUAACGACCUGCACAAUAACGGUGCAAGUAACGACCUGCACAAUAACGGUGCAAGUAACGACCUGCACAAUAACGGUGCAACUAACGGCCGUCAUAAGGCACACGAAAAAGUAUCGCAUUUAUUUUUCUUGCAAUUUUUCCACUGA